UCAGGCAGAGCGUCCUCGACCAGCAUCAAGUUUGAAAGAUUAACAUUUUGAACAUUUCAUUGUGUGAAACACCAAAAAUACAAUAUCGGUUUUUUUCAGACACAUACUCUAAAGCUAAAACUGACCGAGUGUGAUUUAACUUGUUUUGGUGGCAUAAUUUCGCAGUUCCAGGGCCUCUUCAGUCAGUUAGCUGGACAGCUAAUGUUCGGUUUCUGUUGAGUAAAAAUGUUCAAAGCAAAAUUACUCUUUAUUGGUCCCAGUGAGAGUGGGAAAACGGUUCUUGCAAAUUUUCUCUCAGACACAACAGAAAAUGUUGGAGGUGAAUACAGACCUACUCAGGGAGUCAGGAUACUGGAAUUUGAAUCACAACUCGAAGGCAGUGGUGACAACAAAACAUGUGAGGUCGAACUGUGGGACUGUUCAGGAGAUUUCAAAUUUGAAUCAUGCUGGCCUACACUCAUGAAGGACUCCAGUGGUGUGGUGAUUAUUUUUAAUCCGGAUGUUCCAAGUCACCUCAAAGAAAUAGAGAGAUGGUAUUCGAUGUUCAUCUCCUCUCAGGGUUUGCAAGACAAUCAGUGCUUACUCAUGGCUCACCACAAGCCUGGCAGCGGAGUAGAAGACGGACGCUUGACUUUAGCCUCACAUUUGAGCAGACUGCCACUUAUUCACUCCAACCUGGAGGAAGAACCAGAAGAUGUGAGGCAAGCUUUCUGCAGAUACUUGGGAAAUGUUGUGAAUACAAUGUCAGAGAGUCGGGAGCGAGAGGAGAUGUCAAUCAUUACAUAG